GCCUUUGCGGAGGCGCUCAAGAACAACCGCUCCCUGACCAAGCUCGACCUCAGCGAGAACCGUUUCGGCGUUGACGGAGUGCAGGCGCUUACAGAGGCCCUGACGGUGAACUCCGUGCUGGCAGAGCUUGAGCUGACCGAUUGCGACAUCGGUGCGGACGGCGCGAAGGCUUUUGAGGAGGCGCUCAAGCACAACCGCUCCCUGACCAAGCUCGACCUUAGCGAUAACCGUUUCGGCGUUGACCAGGCUAUGCAGAGAAUCGAACGCGCCCUCGAGGAGAACCGCCAGGACAAAGUCAAGGUCAGCAUGCUCUCAGGAAGAGAGUUUUCCUUGAAGCUCGUACCAGACCUGACAGCUCACGAUGUCAAGCUCCAGCUUGCCGCGGAAGUUGGCAUUCCUGCUCGGUCUCUGAAGUUAUUGCUGGGCGAGACGGAGCUCAACAGCACGAUGACUCUCGAAGCUGCGGGCGUUCGCAAAGAUUGCAUUCUCCACCUGGUGGUCGAGCAGGGUGCCUCGCUCCUGUCGCAUCUUGCUCCAUCCAACCAUCCACAGGCGCAUCAGAUCUGCAUCAAGGACUGCAGGUUCGAAGCGGCCAAAGCCAAGGAAGUCGCCGAAGAGCUGGCAGCAAACUCCACAGAGCUGACAAGCUUGGACUUCACUGACUGCGAUCUAGAAUACCAGAUCACGGCUUUCUUCGCGGUCUCAGAUGGGCUGGCUGCGAAUGAUGUCGUCAGCCACAUCAGUUUGACCAGAUGCAAGAUUGGCAGCGGCGCAUUGCAGAUGCUGUCCGAAAUGCUGAAGCAGAGCACAUCCGUGAACACUGUGGACAUGUGCGGCUGCAAGGUCGGUGUUGAGGGAGCGCAGGUACUCCGGGAGAUGCUCAUGGCCAACUCCAGCAUCAUUGCGCUCAACAUCCAGGAUGAAGAUGCAAGCAAGGAAACACAGGAGGUCUUGGAAGACAUUGAACGGCUUCUUCGCGAGCGCCAGGAGCUCCGCAAGGACCGGGAAGCCUUCAGCCAGGACCGGUGUUGGUACUACAAAGAUCCCACGGGCAAGACCCAGGGACCUUUCCAGACCUUGCAGAUGGAGUACUGGGCCCAGGCUGGAUACUUCACGCCGGACCUGCCUAUCAGGUUCCGCAACAGCGAUUUUCAGUCCCUGGAGAUCUGGUAUCCGCCACCGACGGAGGCCUUCUCCACACUCCCGGUCAUGGCUGGGGGAACCAAGGAGCUGACAUCGACGACCCCACGGCAGCCGGAAGGAAGCCUGCCGUCCAGCGCCCUGGAAGUUCAACUCGGGACCUCGGCAGUUGAAGGUGCGUACCCAUCGUUGCCAUCAUCUGCAGCUCCUGCGGCGGCAAGGCCGGAGACCUGCAGCACCAGUGUGUCCUACGAUGACACAAGCGGCUUGGUCGUCGAGCUGGGGUCCGAUGAUGUGGCCCAGAUUCAGAAUGGCAUCCUAGUAGUGGCAAAGCGGGGUGAGCCGGUGUGGUUUGAGAUCCUAUCGUCAGACUCACUGCCGCAGCUGCCCGAGAACGUAGUGCCUCUCAGCCCCAUUCUGAACAUGCAGCCGGACGGGGCAAGCUUUGAGGAUGCCCCUGUCCUCGUGGUCCUCCGCACCUGUGUCGGCACCAACAAGGCCUGGAGAUCGGUGCCGCCUUGCGGCUGGGAGCCGAUAUCGGAUGUCGAGUUCCAUCCCGGUCACGCGGUGCUCCGCUUGACUCACUUCUGCUCUGUCUUCUGCGGGGAAGAUGCUCCCAACUCCGAGCCGGCCAAACCCAAGCUGCUGAAAGUACUGGGCUUCCUCAAUAUGGAGACAAGGAGAGCCAAGUGUGCGGUGUUACAUGCGAACUGUCAAGCCUGCGAAGAGGACUUGGCAGAUUGUCGGGAGGACCCUGACCUUCUGCAAAGCUUUGAGAGGUGUGACCCAAGUCACGUUGCUGGGAGGGAGAGCAUCAGUUCGACCUUGACGAUAUCGCAGGAGCACGACGCGGAGACAAUUCCAUUGGUUUUCCUUCCAAGCAUUACAAAGGCUUUUGCAGCAAAUGGGACGCACUUCGAGGUGAACAUUGCACAAGCACGCCGCACAUUUAGCUUUCAAGCACCUUCUCGGCCACCGCCACCAGGGUGGCACCUGCAGUUUCCCUCCGGAAGCAGCCGGGCGGUGCACAGGGUGCUGCCGAGCGCAGGGCAGCCUCUGGGUGAAAGCACUCAGCUAGACACAGGACAACUGAGCACCACUGAGCUGGACAGUCGGCAGUUUCAGCGGACAGCGCAGAACUAUCCACAGCGUGUCGUCCAGGUUGUAAGCUACUACCCUGCUCCACCGCCUUCACGACACCAGGUAAGCUACUACCAUGCUCCACAGCCUUCACGACAGGCGAAGCCAAUCGAGCAGAGGACGCACUUGAUGUUCUCUGGGCGCUUCAAUGAUGAUGCCAAGCUCACGUACAUGAAGUCAGUUCGGGAGUUCCUGGAUGCUGAAGGCGUGCCAACAUACAUGGUCGAGCCAACAGGUGGUGGAGAUUCCUUCGGGGACAAGACUGUAGACGGUUUGCAUCGCGCGAAGGCUUUGCUGGUGUUUGGCACAGAAGACUAUGGAGCCAAGACUGGGGCGCAAUAUGAAACCUUUCGCGAGCUCGAGUACGCCCAUCAGAACGAACUAAUGAUCAUCCCACUGAAGUUGGGCCAAACAUAUCCACCCCGACCAGACGGUGACACUGGUCCUGGUACCAUGCAAAAUGGAUUCGUCCUCAAGCGGGACAUUGUCUUCAUCGAGGACAUUGGCCUGCAGGAUCCUCGGAGAGUGGCCGAAAAGGUGAGCAAGACAUGGCGGGCCAAAUAUGGCCGCCGGGGCUCAUGA